GUUGUGUGUUGAUUUGUUCAUUCUGUUCGGGAAUUGGUGGGUUCGGUCUUCCACAUUUUCUCAGUUGAAAAUCCAAAUCGCAUUCGAGCAUUCGAGUGAAGUUUCUUCUCGUCGGUGGUUUAUCUUGAUCGCAGUGUAACCACGUUUCUAUUGUGAGUUUUAAGAAAAGUAUUGUGUAAAUUAUUCUGGAGUUGCUGGUAUAUUAUUUAUUAGAAGAACAGCUGCAAAACAAGAGAUUAAAGCAUUAUAUUUACAAUUUGUGAAGGCAAUUUGUUCUUAAGCUCAGUACUCUAGGAGGAAAGAUCGUACAUUUUCGUUUGUUUUCCUUUGGGCAGCUGUGAAUCUACUGUUAAUUCGAUUCAUAGGCAAUAAAGAAUCACGAGAAUAAUGGUUAAAGAAACUGGUUAUUAUGACCUGUUGGGUGUGAAGCCCGACGCGACUGGUGAUGAGCUAAAGAAGGCAUACAGAAAGUUAGCGUUAAAAUAUCAUCCUGACAAGAACCCAAAUGAGGGUGAGCGUUUCAAAGCAAUUUCACAGGCUUAUGAAGUGCUGUCAGAUCGCGAGAAACGACAGAUCUACGAUGAGGGAGGCGAAGCGGCGAUCAAAAAAGGCGGUGCUGACUCAGGUGACUUCCGCAGUCCUAUGGACUUCUUUGAGAAGUUCUUUGGGCCUGGUUUUGGCGGUGGUGGCCGACGACGUGAACGCCGUGGUAAGGAUGUUGUCCAUCAGAUGUCAGUCCAGCUAGAAGAAUUGUACAAUGGUGCCACACGAAAAUUGGCUCUUCAGAAGAAUGUGAUUUGCGAUAAAUGUGAGGGUCGAGGUGGCAAAAAGGGUGCGAUUGAGAAAUGUAUGCAAUGCCGCGGUAGUGGUGUAGAAACUCGUGUACAACAGAUUGGCCCUGGUCUGGUACAGCAUACCGAGCAAGUGUGCCGUAAAUGUAUGGGUACUGGAGAGAUGAUAUCUGAGAAAGAUCGUUGUAAGCAGUGCAAUGGUCGAAAAACUGUGAGGGAACGUAAAGUAUUGGAAGUACAUAUAGAGAAAGGAAUGCGUGAUGGUCAGAAAAUUGUAUUCAAUGGAGAAGGUGAUCAUGAGCCUGAUUCCCAACCUGGCGACAUUAUCAUCUUAUUGGAUGAGAAAGAACAUUCGACAUUUGUUCAUGCUGGUACUGAUCUAAUGAUGAAAAUGCCAAUUCAGUUGGUAGAAGCACUUUGCGGUUUUGAACGCGUGAUUAAGACUCUAGAUGAUCGUGAUCUUGUAAUACGGUCAAAACCUGGUGAGGUAGUCAAGCAGGAAAUGACAAAGUGUGUAAUGGAGGAAGGUAUGCCGCUGUAUAAGAAUCCACUGGAGAAAGGUCGCUUGAUCAUUCAGUUCGAAGUUGUUUUCCCCUCCACUAUUCCGUUGACAGUUAUCCCCACUCUUGAACAAUGUUUGCCCCCAAGACCCGAAGUAACUAUACCACUUGAUGCAGAGACAGUCGAAUUGGAGGAAUUCGAUCCUAAGCAGCGCCGUCAACAACAACACCAGCGCAUGGCAUAUGAGGAAGAUGAUCGUGGCUACGAGCAAGGACCCAGAAUAGAACAAUGUUCUUCAAGUUAAGCGCAUACAACAAACAUCUCCAUCAAACAAAUUAUGUUUAAUCGUUUAACUAACCCUACAAGCCGUGAACAUGCAGAAGCACUACAAAACUAGAUAAAUUUUAAUGAGCAAACAAACCAGCCAAUGCGCCUGCAACAACAAUAACGUCGAAAUAACAAAAAGGAUUUACUUAUACUUACUGGAGCAAUCACUGUAUCGUAUACGUGUUGGAUCGAUAAUAUGUAUGAUGUGCCGUUGUUUUGGUUUUUUAAACUACAACUUCGCCAGCAUCGCAUAAACUUUUGUGAGAACAACUCGCAAUAUAAUUGUUCGGAAUGCCCUUUUUUGCGAAAGUAUCGACGGAAUGUACUACAUAAAUCGCAUUCUUCAAGGCUAUUCUAUUUAACUAUAGACUACAAAUUAGAAAUUCAAAAGAAAUUAAUUAUUUAAAUGGUUACUUUAACGGCAAAUAUACUAUAAUACUUCAAGA